AUGUGCGGUGGACAAGCGAACGUUUUCUUUUGCUGCUUGCCGCUUCGCCGCUUCGAUGAAAAUCAAUGGAAGUCCACAUUCUUUUCUUUCUUUCUCCUCAUCACCCUCACCAACAUCACCAACAUCACCACCAACAUCAUCACCAACAUCAUCACCAACGACGCGACAUGA